AUGUGCUACUGUAAAAGCCAAGCAACCCUGCUGCAGAUUAUCGAGCGCGCAAAAUGUGGGGACGGCCGGCUGUCAGCGAUACCCACCGUGGUGUGGACCGUCGGCUCCGCUGCCAUCGCGCACCGCAUCAUAUUCGCGUUGUUCAGGAGGUUCCUCUUCAGGCGCGUGCCAUUUUGGGAGAUCACAUUGCAGCACCUACUAUUUAUAUGGAUGGUGAUGUACAGCGUACACUUCUGGACGGCCAUUGUGCAUGUCGUGAAGUUCCUCGUCAAAUAUUGUUAUGAGACCGAGAAUUCAAUGCCCACAAUGGAUGACCUGAAGAGUGAGAAGCUGAUGCAGCAGUGGAUCAUCUGGAUGUGUGCGGUGCUGCCGCUGGCGCUGUACUUCCACAUCCGGCCCAAGCCAGUGGCGCCGCCGCUCAUGAUAUGGAUCACCACAAGUCCCUGGCAACGGCGCGAGAUGGGCGCCUACGGUUACUACCUGAGCCGACCUCUGUCCCUCCACGCGCCCGCCCUGUCCUCGCGAGACCAGGCCCUCGCACUCAGAAGAGCCUUCAGCGACUCCAGUAGCGCUGUCAUCAAGGAAUCCCUGAAUUUGAAGAAGAGGCGAAAUUCCAAAUCUAUAUAAAUAAAUUAAACGAUAUUUCAAACGUUAAUCUAGUUUUUAUUUUUAUAAAGUGCACCUUUAGCUGAUUUGCAACCCCAAGUUCUUGUUCAGGAUAUUACUGUAAUAUUAAUCAGAGAAAAACUUGGAGAUAUUAAAGACACAAAAGCAGUUCUUAGUUUAGAUCAUUUUUAGUUUAUAUUUGGUGGAACUAGAACUUGCUUUACUAUCCCGCAGACAUCCAAAUGACAGCGAACCCCUUACUAACUAAUGGGGGAACCCCCCCCCCCCAGAACAAAAUAACUUACUGUUGAAGAAAAUAAGGUUUUUAUUUGAAUAAAAGGUAACACAUAAACUACCAAAAGAAAUGUCUUUCUAAUGUGCUGGGUGUGCUUGUUUCUUGUCGCAAAUGGAUUCAAUGUUAGGAGUAUUUUUUGGACAAUUUUAACCUUAAUUCUGACUUGGUAUCAUCAAUAUAAAUUUCGAUUCCUGUCUAGAAAAGGUAUCUCAAAGUGGGAUACACUUUGAGAUACCUUGUCUAGACAGGAAUCGAAAUUUAUAUUAUACGAAUAUUAAAAAAAAAAGGAUGAAUCAACGACGCAGAUGAAAUUGCAAAAUUUUCAGCACAAACGUAAUGUUGUUGGUCUAUCAAUUUUUAUCGGAUACCCUUCAGAGUGCCUAAUCGACAUUGUCUGAAACUUAAAUUAUAAUAUUUAUUCAUGAAUUUAUCUAUUUAAAAGUUUAGUACCUACCUUAGGAAAGAGGAAUCAAUGGUUCAAAAAUUCAUUUUAGAGGAAUCACGAAAUCAGAUAUGGAUCAGACUCCGAAAUGACGAUAAGUCUCACCAAAACAUAUUAAAUUGUACUAAUGUGUAAAAAACAUAGCGCGCAAUUUGUGCAAUUUAAAAAUGAAAUUAAUAUCCAUUCUGAUUCAAACUGUCUAAACAAAUAACAUUACAAAAAUACUUUUUUGUUGGUCUAUGUUUGCACAUGCUAAACGUCAUAAUAAUUAAUUUGCAAGGUCGCCAACAGAUGCCGCUGAUGACAGGACUGCAUCGCGGUGAGGAGAGUCCGCGGGAGGGAUAUAUAAGGAGGUGCGAGGCGGCCGAAGUCAUACUAACCGUGCGCAGGGUGUACCGUGAUCACGAAGGCGGUUGCCCCGGGCAGGCGCCAGCCAUUGCACUGCGGCUGGACAAAGGCCUGCCUGUGACUAUCUCUCACAGAGGUACGUCGUGCGUGUAAUUUUUGGUAGUUGGACUUGCGUUCUGCGCAGUCCACCAGAUAAUUUUACUAGACAAUUAGACAUCUCAGGUGGAUAUCGUGAUUUACUUACGUUGUGAUACACAAGUAAAGUACAUAUAAAUCAAUAGUUUUCACUAAACAUUGAAAAAUUCAUAUUUAUAAAGGUAGACGCAAAGAUUUUUUAAUAAAGAUGAGUCACUAGAUCGUCAAAAUUCAGGCAACAAAAGCGGCUGAUUGUCUUAAUUUCAUUGAGUCGCAUAGUAAACAACGAAAGUUAUUGAAACAAGUAAUACCUAAAUAUUGUAUAUAAUCACGGAUUGUGUGUUUAGGAACUGUAAAAACUGUAUGUACAUAAUUAUUUAAUGGAAUUAAACACAAAAUUGUCCAUGUGUAUUGUUGUGUCAUUUGAGUAGCUAAAUUCGGAUGACUUUUGCGGUAAUUUUGUAGGCACGUAACAUAUCUACAGUACAAAAUAUCGUUGCGUAGACUUACAAACGCUUGCGAAUUUGUGUUCGUAAAAACGGAAAUUUUUAGGAUUUUCAUACAAAUUCUUUUCACAAAGGGUGUUUGUUCUUUUUUAAUGCGAUUACGAUUUUACGAGAUUUAUUAGAUACAUAGGUACUACAUGUUUUCAUUCUUUUGUUAUUUUAUACCUUAUUUGGUGUCGAGUAUAUGAACUGAACAACUACUUGGUAGUUAUUAACAAAAACAUUUGAUACCUACCUAGUAAUCGUUAUUAAAUAUUCACUUAAUUUUUUUUAUUUAUUUUAUUUUAUGAUUUAUGCACCAACUUCGAUGAUACUUAUCAUUUCAAAAAUGAAGGACUUUCCAUAUAAACUAUUAUUAACCCCAUUUCAGUCCCAUUUAUGUUUUGCUUCUAUGUCAAUAAAUUCAUCUAAAUCGGUCAGUGAUUUAGCCGUGAAAAGGUGGCAGAUACUUUACUUUCGCAGUAUGUACUUUUAUAAUGGUAAAAUAUAUUCAUUAUGGUUAUAGUAGUAAAUUAUUGCGGUCUAUUUCUAGCCAUGGGACGUCCAUCACCUUGAUAAUAUUUUUUUAUCAAUAUUGUUUUUAUAGAUGAGGAGUCGAAGAACGGAUCUUGGGUCUAACUCGAGCACGUCGAAUCAUAAUAAAAAAUCAAUUGACAUAACCAUCAAUUGACAUGAUCAUGAAAAUAGGAUUGGGAAACAUAUGCUUACUCAAGACGAAAACUAUUGAUCUUCAUAUAGUACAAGAUCCGGCAUACGGAAUAUAUACCCUCAUCUGUCAUUUAUUUAGGAUAACUGACGCCCCGCAGUUUCACCCGCGUGGUUCCAGUUCCCGUAGGAAUACGGAGAUUAAUUAACUGUUUAUAUCUGGAAACCCCACAGUUACAGUGCGAAAGCAGCCAACGUUUACGUUUUCAAUUUGGUUGGGUAUAUUCUAUUAACUUGUGUACGAUUUUUGUUAAUUACAGUUAAUUAAUCUCCGUAUUCCUACGGGAACUGGAACCACGCGGUUGAAACCGCGCGGCGUCAGCUAUCCCAAAUGAAUAACAAAUGAGGGUAUAUAUUUCUACCGUCGGUUCUUAGUAAAUUUUUGUUACUCAGACAUGCACAAAAGCAACAAAAAAUAUAUUUUUUUGUUAUUUUGGUAUUAUAUAUAUCAAAAUAUAAAAAUAUGCUCGUGAAUUUGAAGACGUUAUUCUUUUGGCAACUUGGUAUCCCACCAUAUAUUUAUUUAACGCGCUUGAGUAUUUCUGAUGAUAUUUUUUUAAAUCGUGACGAACCCACCAAUACUAGUAAUACUUCCUCCCAGACUUAUCUGACCUGCUGGAAUAAAUGCCAAAAUCCCCUCUUCGGCUCCCCGUCUAUGAUCUAUUUUGAAGAAUGCUCAGACCAAUUACCAUAGUUUGUAUGUAUGUAUGUAUGUAUGUAUGUAACUUCAACGAACAUUUUUAAAAAAUAAUUGCCAAAUUGGUCCAGGCGUUGUUGAGUUAUGCGCUUACU